AUAAUCCGGAAGUUUUGGUCAAACAUCAGCUACGAUAUUCACACACAAGCGAUCAACACUUGGCAUUAUCGUAAAGAUAACAUAUGGUAUUGUCUAAAAAAAACUGUGCAUCAAGAUGUGUAGAUACAAUCACCCCGAUAUAGCAGUAGCAUGCUAGAUGUAAUUAUGUCAUGGUAUCUUAUGAAAGUUAACGUUAGCUCAGUGGUGCUAAGCUAUGCAUUAUCCGAUCAAGUAGAUGCGUUUUAUUACCCUGGUAGCCAAGCAGCUUGUUAAAGGGUACAGAUAGGAACAAAAUGGCUACAAUGUUCGUGGAUGAGACUCUGGAGGUUGUUGGCACAGAAUCGUCAUGGAGAAGAUCACUGCAGUCGGCGCAAGAGUCGAGAAGUUGCCAAACGUUGCCCUUGAACACAACAGAAAUUGAAGUCCAGGCAGGAGACUAUUCGGAUAAUGGCACACAGACAGAUAUUCAGGACAGCUUCCCUGAAUAUCGCGAAACGAGCGACUGCCCUGGCCUGAAGGAGUUUUUGAAAGGGGUGGAGGACAUGGUCAUUAAAGAGUUGAUCAAGAACUCAAGGAGCCACGCUUUCGAUGGAUAUGAAGUUAACUGGGUUGAUCACAACGAGACGGUGUCCUGCAUCCAUCGACUGCAACAUCCGGAUGCUUUGUCAAGGGGGUUGCAAGUUACCAGCCUGUCAUGGAGUUGUACAGGCUCUGUGAUUGCUUGUGCCUUUGGAAGAAUCGACGAUGGAGACUGGAGCACAGAGAGAUCCUGUGUGUGUACCUGGAACUUGGACCGAAGAGUCCUGGACCCCAAGAGAGCUGACCUGGUCAUCGAUGUGGCCAGUGCUGUCAUGUCCCUGGCCUUUCAUCCUCAGCGCCCUUCUCUGAUUGCAGGUGGGCUGUACAGUGGGGAGGUGGUGGUGUGGGACACCAGCCGCACGCAGGACCCCAUGCUGGCCCAGACCGGCAUGUCAGCAGACACCCACAGGGAGCCAGUCUAUCAGGUGCAGUGGGUGGCGGGUUCUCGGAGGGGUGAGAUGGAGGUGGUAAGCGGCGGUUCGGGAGGCAGAGUGCUGCGGUGGAGGGUGGACGCAGCUGAGACCCGACUGGUCCUGUCUGCUGGUUAUGCGCUGGUCCGACAGCAAGUGCCCAUGAUCAACACCCUGAGCAAGGGAAGAGGAGGCACCUGCAUCGGCGUGACAGCCUUGGCCCUCUCUCCCUGGGACGCCGACUCCUUCCUGGUCGGUUCGGAGGGGGGCCUGGUCCUCAAGUGCGCCUUCUCCAGCCAGACGGUGGCUGCGGCGCCUCCCGAUGGCGAGAGCGUGACCCUGCGCGCUCCGGCUCAGUUCUGCUUCGCGCCCAGCAGCGGCCCUGUACACUCAGUGCACUUCUCCCCCUUUCACAGGAACUUGUUUGUGAGCGGGGGGACAGAUGGCCUGGCCCAUGUCCACAGCCUGCUGCAGCCGGAGCCCCUGCUGUCCCUGCGCGUCUGUGACUCAUCCUACGUCUUCGUGCUGCGCUGGUCUCCAACGCGCCCACUGGUUUUCGCGGCAGCUACCGGACAAGGUUUGAUUCAUAUUUUUGACCUUGGCCGACGCUCACUCAGGGCGGUGGCCACCAUUGACCAGGAGGCGGGCGGGAAGCCGGUGUACUGUCUGGAGUUCAACCCGCGCCAGACGCACCUGCUGGCGGCCGGCAACGCGGACGGCACCAUCAACAUCUGGCAACUCAGCGCCGACCUGACAGAGCAGGGACCCAGAGAGGACGCACAGCUGGAGCAGCUAGCCAGCGAGGCGGCCGACUGAACUGAACUGGGUGGUGCACAAACACAGUGGGUGCGUUCCAAUAUGCAGACUUGCCUCCUCCACUUGGGCUUGUGGCCUUGUAAGUCUGCAUAUUGGAAUGUACUCACAGUGAAGUUAUACACUCCACCAAUGACUUGAGUUGUCUGCUUCAGGAAGUAAAAACCCUGCCACAAAUGUGAUCCAAGCAAUGAUCUGAAUCAGCCGAUUGUAACGAGUACUCAAGACAGAUAGACUAGUUAGUCAGUGAAGUCACGAGUGUUUGAAGGAAACAGUGGCAGUGUCUUUAUUUUCUGAACCAGGGUUUUGGACACCUCUGCCCAACAAGGUGGCAGACUGCGCUGUGCUGCCCUUACAAAAAAAGGACUGAAGUUAUAAGCUCCCUAUUGAAGAAAAUAAGGGGUCUUUUUGCCUUGUAUUGUGAGAGGAGGUUUAUAGAUGGUCAGUAAAAGACUCGAACACCCCAUUAUCUCCUUCAAGAGAGGUUUAGGGGAAAGGUUAAGCAAUGCAUCCUGAUUUAUCCAAACAUGGACACAUAUGAGGGCUCUCACUACAUAAAGGGCAGAAACCCCGUUCAGUAGAUUUCUUCCUGAACAUUUCAGUCAGGAUCUUGUUGAAUGUCUAUACUUGUUGAACAUAUUUAUUGUAUAACGCGUUUUAUUUUACAUCUCAACUUUUUUUCUACAUGAAAAUAAAGACACUCUGUACAACUUUA